CCUCUCAAAUGUUCCUUACCACCAAAACUACAUGAGUGUCGUAGCGCCGAAUGGUGUGCGGAUCGUGCUAAAAAAUUCGGGCGACAAGAAAUCCCACUGCCGUUCUUGCUGUCAGCUGACUGAUCCUGAGAGCUCGUUGUAUUUACGAAUGAGUGUGUCCGUGUUCGUUUGUGUACACACAGACAGACGACGAAUCCAGGGCAAGGGGGCGUGGGGGAAAAGGGCCAUGCCUGGGUCUCCGAAGCUGAAGAAGAAGAAGAGCUUCACUUUUCAUAAGCCUGUCAGGAAGAUGUUUUCACCCACAUCCUAUCGAAAACGGAAGAAAAAAGCUUUACAACAGCUUCUCCAUGAUAGAGAUGACUUCCCAACUCAAGAUGACCAUGACUACUGCUCAAAUAAAAAUGUCAAUGGCCGUACCCUCUCCGGACACUAUCAUGAUCAUGAUUACCUUCCUUCCCAAUCUGUUUCUAUUAGUCAGGCUGAAACUCAAGUGUUUGACAUUGAUGACCAGAAACAAACUAUAGAAGCUGAUGAAACUGAGCAGCAAGUGAUUGUGGAGCAAGACAAAGUUUUUCCUUCCCAUCAGGUUUCCAUAAGUGCAGAUGCCACCUCAGACUGCUGUCCAAUACCUACAGAGACUUCAUCCAAAAUUGUUUCAAGCCCCUCUUCGCCAGUUUCCAAUCGCAAGCGUCCGGUCUCCAUACUCAAACAUCCAGCAACAUCUAAAGUUCUCUUAAUUUUGAAGAAACCAGCGUGCAAUGCAACCUCCAUAACUGUCAACCAACCAACAAAUCAACAAAUCAUCAAUGGACAGCAACCUGAAGAACCAGCACUCAGUUCAACCUCUACUCCUGUCAACAAGCCAACAAAUCAACAAACCAUCAAUGAGCCGCAACCUGCAGAACCAGUACUCAAUUUAACCUCCACACCUAUCAAAAAAGCAGAACAGCAUCCAGAAAACAUGGUGCUGCAAGCCAUUCAAAAUCUUCUUCCUCGUCAUUGGAGUGUGGUCAAGGAAAACGAAGGCUUGCACAUCACACUUCAUUCAAGAGAUCUUGCACGUGUUAGCCAAAGAUCAUUGUUCAUCAGCUUUUCAUCUGGUGAAGUCCAAAGUUUUGCUCAUGGUCACAAGUUGCUUCCAGAUCAAACCAUCACACCCUUAACUGCUGCAACCCAUUGUUCCUUUGUUGAGGAAGUUUCUAGUUUAAUCUCAAGAUUCCGUAAGCUAGAGAUAUGCAAUGGCAUCAACAAACCCCAAUUUAGGGUCUUGUGGAAGAACAGCUUGGAUACUUGUCACAUUGACAACAAUGAUUUCCAUGAGACCCGUUACACAACAACCCUACGCAGCAAUUCUUGUAAAUAUCUCAUUGAUCAACCCAAGAAAUUCUGUGACAGUUGCCAAAAAGUUAGUGCCAAAUUACUCAAGAAAAAGACUCCUCCAGAAGUGCCAUCAAUUAAGAAAACUCCCAAGAAAGUGAAGAGACUCAAGAAUCUUGAAGAAAGUACUGUUCAACUUGAGACCUGAGACUACGACUAUCACAGAGGAUCACUGCCUUUGAAUGUAGAUGGCUGAAAUUCUAGCACUGAAGUGUGCUGCAUAUAUAACAAUGUUCAUUAACGCUCAAGAGGCUCUUUGGAACAUGUUGUACAAAGUGGGACUAGAGCCCAUACAACUGUGCAUUCAAGGGAACAAAACCAGUACCCACUAGUCUAGAAAGACAUCAAUGAUCAGAGGUCUAAAGCAACUGAUACAAAAUAUCACUUCAUUAACGACUGAAUCAGGACAGGACUGAUUAGUGUUCAAUAUGUUGCUGCAAGUGACAACAUGGCUGAUUUCUUAACCAUAUUUCUGACCAGCAGGAAGAUACAAGAAGUUAGUGCUGGGGUGGUACUGGUGAUUCCGUUAGUUUUAGUAAUUUGAUUGUGAUUGACAAUUUUGUGAUUUUAAGUAAUCUAUUAUUGUGAUUUGUCUGGUAUCUAAGUCUUUGUUUUCGCCGAAGCUGCUUGUUAACACUGCAGUGUCAUACCAGUUUGCGUGUUCCUGAAUUAUUUUUCUAUCCUUAAUUAAUUUAUGUGACAAAUAUUUUGUCCAUGUUAAUCUGUUGCAAAAUACUUACAUGUUUUCUAGCCAUGUUUAUGUCUGUGCGCUGGGUAACUUUAGCUAAUAAUAGCUAGUAAUCCUUCUUUGUCAUGCUGCUGAACUUGUUCAGUUUGAAUUACUGUACAUGUAAGUCUAUUGCAAUGUGGAUUUCAUUUUACUUGCAUUAUGGUAUCAAUAAAAAUCAAGCGGAAGUGUUUCA